CCCAGGGAGGGGGGAGUCAGCUCAGCAAGGCGGGAGGUGGAAGCAAGGAAGGAAGCGGCGGUGCGGGCGCGGAGACCGGGCGCCACUCCCACCACCCGCGCGGAGCGCAGGCAGCCCCGCACUCAAAGCGCGCGCUGCGGGGCGGAGACAGGCCGAGGCAGCCGAGGGCCGAGGGCCCGGCGGAGAGAAGGGGGAAGGGCACCCCGCAGUGGGAUCCCGGCCGAGCUCGGCGCUCCGGGAGGGCCCUCGCGAGGGGGCGGGACUUCCGCCGACAGCGUGCGCCGGCCUAUCGGGACCCGAAGGCGCCCGCGGUUUCCCGGGCCUCCGGGCCGAGAUGCCGUACCUGGGCUCCGAGGACGUGGUGAAGGAGCUGAAGAAGGGUCUGUGUAACCCUCACAUUCAGGCGGAUAGGCUGCGCUACCGGAAUGUCAUCCAGCGAGUGAUUAGGCACAUGACGCAGGGUGUGGAUAUGUCUGGUGUUUUCAUGGAGAUGGUCAAGGCCAGUGCCACUGUAGACAUUGUUCAGAAGAAGUUGGUCUAUCUGUACAUGUGCACGUACGCGCCCCUGAAACCAGAUCUGGCACUCCUGGCCAUCAACACCCUGUGCAAAGACUGCUCGGACCCCAACCCCAUGGUGCGAGGGUUGGCGCUACGGAGCAUGUGCAGCCUCAGGAUGCCUGGUGUGCGGGAGUAUAUCCAACAGCCCAUUCUCAAUGGGCUAAGGGAUAACGCUUCCUAUGUCAGGAGGGUGGCAGUCCUUGGCUGUGCUAAGAUGCAUAAUCUUCAUGGAGACUCUGAAGUGGAUGGUGCCCUGGUAAAUGAGUUAUACAGUUUGCUGCGUGACCAGGAUCCAAUUGUGGUCGUCAACUGCCUGAGGUCCCUAGAGGAGAUUCUGAAACAGGAAGGAGGCGUUGUCAUCAACAAGCCCAUCGCCCACCAUCUCUUAAAUCGAAUGUCAAAACUGGACCAGUGGGGCCAAGCUGAAGUAUUGCACUUUCUGCUGCGCUACCAGCCCCGCAGCGAGGAGGAACUGUUUGACAUUCUCAACCUGUUGGACAGCUAUCUCAAGAGCAGCAGUCCAGGUGUGGUGAUGGGAGCCACCAAACUCUUCCUGAUCUUGGCCAAAAAGUUCCCUCACGUGCAGACCGACGUGCUGGUGCGCAUCAAGGGACCGCUGCUGGCUGCCUGUUCUUCCGAGAGCCGUGAGCUCUGUUUUGCUGCCCUGUGUCACGUGCGCCAGAUCUUGCGCAGCUUGCCAGGGCACUUUAGCAGCCACUACAAAAAGUUCUUCUGCUCCUAUUCGGAGCCUCACUACAUUAAGCUGCAGAAGGUGGAGGUGCUGUGUGAGCUGGUGAAUGACGAGAACGUGCAGCAGGUGCUGGAGGAGCUACGAGGCUACUGCACUGAUGUGUCUGCUGACUUUGCGCAGGCCGCUGUCUUUGCCAUAGGUAGCAUUGCCAGGACUUAUACGGAUCAGUGUGUACAGAUUCUUACAGAACUGCUGGAGCUGCGACAAGAACACAUUACCACAGUGGUGGUGCAGACCUUCCGCGACCUGGUCUGGCUGUGUCCUCAGUGUACCGAAGCCGUGUGUCGAGCCCUACCUGGCUGUGAGCAGUACAUUCAGGACAAUGAGGGGAAGCAGGCUCUGAUCUGGCUCCUCGGGGUCCACGGGGAAAGGAUCCCCAAUGCCCCGUAUGUGUUAGAGGACUUUGUGGAGAACGUGAAGUCGGAGACGUUCGCAGCUGUGAAGAUGGAGCUGCUCACGGCCCUGCUGCGCCUCUUCUUCUCUCGCCCUGCCGAGUGCCAGGACAUGCUGGGACGGUUGUUCCAUUACUGCAUAGAAGAAGAAAAGGAUAUGGCCGUGCGGGACCGAGGUCUCUUCUGUUACCGGCUCCUCUUAGUCGGCAUUGAGGAAGCUAAGCGGAUCCUGUGUAGCCCUAAAUCUGACCCUUCCCUUCGACUUCUGGAGGAUCAGGCCGAAAGACCUGUGAACAGCUGGGCCACAGACUUCAACACAUUGGUGCCAGUGUAUGGCAAGGCCCGCUGGGCAGUGAUCACUAAGUGCCAGGGGGCAGAGCGCUAUGGCCUGGAGCUUCCCAGCACAGCCUCGCUUGUCACAGCAGGACCCUUGAUUCCCGAAGAGGACCAAGAGAGGGCACAGGAUCUUCCUGACUCUGGAGCCCUCAUGCUAGUCCCCGACCGGCAGCUGACUGCUGAGUGUUUUGAGAAGACUUGGCUGAGCCUCCAGGUUGCCCAUCAGCAGGUGUUGCCGUGGCAGGGCGCAGUCCAUCCUGAUACGCUGCAGAUGGCUCUGCAAGUCGUCAACAUCCAGACCAUCGCCAUGAGCAGGGCUGGGGCCCAGCCCUGGAAAGCCUACCUCAGUGCUCAGGACGACACUGACUGUGUGUUUCUAGCAGAGCUGCUCUUGGAGCCCAUGGACUCAGAACUGCGGCUCUCAGUGAAGCAGAGUGAGGCAAGGCCAGAGAAGCUCAGCAGCUUCGUGUCUGUGUUAGAAACCGUGGUUGGAACAGUCGGAGACAUGAAGUCAUAACAGA